AUUUGAGAGAAACCCCGGUCAAUGAAGCAGACAACUUGUUUUCUGGGACUAGUAUCUUAAGUCUAUCAUCCGUUGCUUUGUGCUACAUAACCAGGGUCUCAUAAACCGCUCCUGACACUCCAAUCGUCGCCGCCCUAGCCUCCCCAGCGUGACCGCCGCGAACCCGUCUCCCCUCUCCUCCCCUCCCUUCUAAAGUGCCCGCCGUCAGCCCCAGUGGACCGUUACCAGAGCCUUUCCUCCUUCUUUACCCUCGAUAUCUGGCUGUCUCGGUAGCGCUCGUGGACUCUCUGCAAACUCAAUGCAGCGCUUCAUUCCUUAUUUAAGUCGCGACAGGUGAUAGUCACUCCCAUCACGCGGCUAGAUGGAGCUCUAUGGCGUCCGGAUAUAACUCAGGAUUCUCCGCGACAUCAGUCCAGCAUCGUGCCCUGGGUGAUGGACCUUCAUACUCUAGUCUGGAGGAUGGCUCCGCGGACGGUAGCUGGGCCGAGCCCGCCACGAGACCCGGGAGAAAUGCUCGCUCUGAAUCUGGAGGCAGUGCGACCAUUGGCGUCCGGGGAGGCUCGUUGACCACCUCGGUCGGAGCCCCUGGAAGCUUUAGCUCUGAAUUGAAGAGCAUGAAGUCAUCGCGGAGCACUACACCCCGUCCGGACGGAGCGCUGAAUCGUCGACCGAGCAGCUUUAUCGACCAGGAUGAUAUGCCCACUUCCGAGGAGCGACAGGCUGUGAUUCGAGACAAGAUCGCGAAGGAGAUGAAAAUCAAGACGGGAACCGAGAACAUGCUGGAAGCGCUACUCGCGAAGAAUCCGAAACAUACGAAAGACCAGAGAUUAAGAGUUGAGUCGGAGCUGAGCUCAUCGAACCGCAAGCUUGCAGAGCUGCAUCAUGAACUCGAGGAGGAGAUGCUACGUGCGCAGGCGCCGUCUACCCCACCUCGAAGUCGCCUGUCGACCCUCUUUCAAAGCAGCUCCAUGCGUUCACCUACUCGCAACAACCCAACGAUCGAGGAAGCCCAGAUUCAAGAGGGCGAGGCGGAAAUGGAGUCACCCACAUAUGUCCUUGCAGAAACACUACAGGCCUUGGAAAUUGAAGGCAUGCCCCCGGAUUAUUACGUUGAACGUGCAAACAGUCUUGUGGAGCUGUUUAAGCGACACCCGACCUUAAAGUACGACCUCGAGUGGUCUGUGUUUGGUUUGCGCGUGCAAAUCAUGCUUCUCAGCGACAAUAAAGAAGCGGUGGCGGCUGGAUACAGAUUGACACGCUACGCUAUCGCGGACCGGAAGUCCCUCCAGAUUAUUCGAUCGUUCCAUACAGAUGAGCUGGUAAUUCUGUCCCUAGUCAAGGAAAGCAAGGCGAGCAUUGAGCGGGAGCAAGCUUUGAAGUUCGUCAGGGCCUUCUUGGACGUCAAGGACGGUGUGCGAGAGAUUUCGCGCGCCGUAGUCAGGACCAUUGUCUCCGUCGCAGAGCACUACGAGGAUCGUCUUCGGAACAUCUCUAUCAUGACUCUAGCUGAGAUUCUGGUGAAGGAUCCCGAAUUGAUAGCAUAUUCUGGGGGAUUCGCUACCCUUCAUGACGCCUUAGCAGAAGGAACGUUUGGCGCCUCAGAAAGUCUCGUAGCGAGUUUCCUCCAUGUUCUCGAUACCCCCCACAGCAGGAAGCAUCUACGAGGAGGUUGUGAGCUAGAGGCAGUUCUUGCACCGUUUACUGACUCCUUGUCGGACUCGGUCCGCAAUGGGCGCUUGAAGUCUUCAGCUAGAGCUAUCUCGGCAAUGCUCAAGACAUGGCCGGGCUUGAUUAUACUCGCAAGAAACGGAGCCAAACCUUUGCAAUCGCUACUCGACUCAUUACAUUACCCGGACCCGCAGGCAAGAGAUUUGAUCAUGGAACUUCUGUUUGACGCAUUAAGAAUCAAGCCACCAUCAUGGUCAUCAUCUUUCCUGGCUGGACGAAGGCUCACAACUUAUGGGCGGGUGGCCAACCUCAGAACAGAAUCGGACACGAAACAUGUUCAAGCAUUCUAUAACGAUGAUGGUAGUCGAUUCGAUUUGACGGCGCAUUUCUCAACAUUGAUUCUUGCCACCCUUGUCGAGGCCGGGUUGUCGAAGGCACUUUCGGAUCUCAUCGAGGACGAGACAGACCUGUCACUCAGGCGCAAAGCCACUCUACUCCUCACCGAGGUAUUGAAACUAGCGCAUCAUUCAUUGCCUCAACAUAUCAGUGCGAAGCUCCAAGUUCUGCCCCACCUCCUGCCAGCUGCCAUCAAAUUUGAUGUCGAAAAUCAUGACAUCUCUACUUCGACAAUAUAUCAAAUAGACAGCAUCAAUAGAACAUUGGCUCGCAGCUUCCCAAACGGCGCGGGACGUUACAAUGUCGAAGUGGACAUUUCCGCUUCUCUCCUCACUGUUGACCAAGGCAAGGAGAAGUUGAGCCCUUCUAUGGAUGAGACGCAGUUCCGCAACGCCAUCCUGGAGACGCAUGUUUUGAACACCGUCAACUACCUGAAAUGGAAGUGGGACCUGAUUCACCGCAUUGUCGAGGGGCCUUUGACCAACCCCAAGCGUCUGGAAGAAGCUAUCAAAGGCUCGAAGUUCAUGAAGCGACUGAUCGGAUUCUAUCGACCUUUCAAGUACAGAUUCUCCAUGCUACCAAACACGAAGCCAAACCAGCGUUAUGUUCGUACAGGGUGUGCACUAAUGCGCACACUCGUACAACUUCCGGAAGGCACGAAAUACCUGGCCGAGAACAAAUUUUUGAGGCAAGUCGCUGAGUGUCUUGCCCAAGUCGAUCGCAUGAGUGGUCUCACAUCGUCUGCUCCCCUGUUCUCCAAAGAACAGAUGGCUAGCACGUUGAGCGGAGGGUACUUUGCUAUACUGGGAACGUUGAGUAGUGACGCGAACGGGUUGGCUAUGAUGGAACGAUGGCAUAUGCUGAAUAUGUUCUACCAUAUCGUUGAGCUUCGAGAUCGGGACGACCUGAUUCAGACUCUUCUUGGGAAUAUGGACUACACCCAGGAAAGUCACCUUAGGGUCAUUCUGUCCAAAGCCCUAACCACUAGUUCCAAGGAGAUUCGCAUCUUCGCGACUCGACUCCUACGAAAGUACGCUGUUGGAAAUGUUUCUCUCCCCGCUCUAGCAUCUGCUGGUAACAAUGCGGACUGGGUGGUCAAGCUUCUCGUUACCCAGCUUUACGAUCCCGACGUGUCUGUUUGCCAAGUGGCUGUGAAAAUCCUCGAGGAGGCAUGUAACCAACGUCACUAUCUCGAAUAUGUGGUGAAGUGCCGGCCAUCGCUAGAUCAUUUAGGUGAAAUUGGGGCGCCAUUGCUCCUACGAUUCUUGUCCACCUCAGUGGGCUACCAUUAUCUCGAUGGGCUGGAUUAUAUUACCCAGGAAAUGGAUGAUUGGUUUUUGGGUCGAAACGAUGCUUAUGUGGGCCUUGUUGAAGCAGCCCUCUCGCGUGCCUAUGUUGACCAGCCACGGAGGAGUAGCUUUGUCCCUGAAGAUCUGGUUGAUCUUCAAGACAUUGGACUAGUGCCGCCCCAUUUCUAUAGAGAGCUCGCCCGAACCGCUGAAGGAUGCAAGCUUCUAGAGCACUCCGGUCAUUUCAAUGAGUUUGCUUGGACAAUUCGCGAUUUCCAGCUGGAUGAAGAAGACACGGAGGCUCUUCUUAAGGUCAAAGGCUGUUUGUGGGCCGUGGGUAACGUCGGCUCGAUGGAACUAGGUGCGCCGUUUCUGGAGUCAGAUAUCGUUCAGCAUAUUGUGAAGAUUGCAGAAAGUGCGGAGGUCCUCACGAUGAGAGGGACGGCUUUCUUUGUUCUAGGGUUGAUCUCACGUAGUCGACAUGGUCUCAAGGUGUUGAGAGACUUCGGCUGGGAUUCCGCUCUCGACCACAAGGGAAACUCGCUGGGCCUCAGUCUUCCCACCGACUUCUAUAAGCUCUUCCUGGUCGACUUUCCGUCGCACUCUAGGACCCGUGAGGCCAAGCGCACGUCUCAAGAGAGGUUCAAGGAGGCCACUCUCGAUCCGGAUCCCGCCAACCAGAAGAUCUUGAAGCUUAUAGUAGAUAUGGGAAACACGGUUCUAUCGAAGAGAGCAGCGAAUGAUCUCAAUAACAUCAAAUCGAAGCAACCAGACCGGUUCUACCAGCCUCACCUCUUUCGCAAGACUCUCAAUAUUCUCGAGAGCCAUCAUUUUCGCUUGCCCGCUCGCCGCUUCGCACUUGAUCUGUUCGAUAAAAGCGUUCUGCGGCGCAUCGUUACCGAAGAUGAUUCAGAUACCGACUCAGAUACUACCUCAUCCCAAGUUUCUGGAUGACGAGUCUCCGUGGGCGUGAUAUGAAAUCGCGCCUUCGAUAGCACGGUUUAACCUCAUCAGGCGGGUCGGAACAGCUAUGCGCAAUCCUCAGGUCUGCUCUUACCUUCAUGUACUCGGCAGCAAUUCCAUCUCUUCCAAUCUCCUCAUCGCUUUGGCCUCGGCGUUGGACGGUUCAGUCAUGAGCAAUGAAAGGAUGCCAGCAUUUUCAUUUUUGCUCUUUUCUACCCUGAUUACCCCGGCAGUUACUUUGCUUUUUUCCACCUACAUAAGUAGGUGCAGUUCGACCCUCUGCAUAGUCAAUGACUCAGUCUGUUAGCGAUGGGCCUGGGGAGCAUUCUUGUCAUAUCAUUGCUCAACUUAUGGUUCACGACGAAUGUUCUUUCCUUCCUCCGGCAUCUGUAUGUACUGUAUAUACAUCAAGCACGAGCGUUGAU